AUGAAGUUUUUGGGAUUAGUUUUAUUAUUCUUGUCCUUGAUUAAUCAAGUGACUCCUAAGGAAGUAUCGGGAAUAUUCACCAGUUUUAAUUCAUUAACUUGGUCAGAUGCCGGUAAUUAUGGUUAUCGUGGUCCUGCUAAUCCAGCUUGGCAAGCUAAAUUAAGUUGGUCUUUAGAAGGUAAAAAAGUUAACCCAGGUGAUACUUUUACUUUAACAAUGCCUUGUGUUUUUAAAUUUGUUACUACUCAACCUUCUAUUGAUUUGGCUGCUAAUGGUAUUACUUAUGCUACUUGUACAUUUCAUUCGGGUGAAGAAUUUACCACUUUUUCAACUGUUAGUUGUAUUGUUAGCGAUGCAUUGACUUCCUCAACUCAAGCUUUUGGUACGGUCAGUAUUCCAUUUUCUUUCAAUAUUGGUGGUUCUGGUUCGGAUGUUGAUUUAACUGAUUCAACUUGUUUCACUACUGGCUCCAAUACUGUUACAUUUAAAGAUGGUGAUAAUGAACUUUCAAUUCAAACAAAUUUUGAACAAACUAAAGAUUCACAAUCUGGUUUAAUCACUAAUGCCAGAGUUAUUCCAUCACUUGGUCAAUUGUCCCAUCUUGUUGUUGCUCCAGAUUGUCCAAAUGGUUAUGCCAGUGGUGAAUUAGGAAUCUAUGCAAGAGACAAUUCAGUUACUAUUAAUUGUGAAAAUAUUCACAUUGGUAUUACUGAUAAAUUAAAUGCAUGGAAUAAUCCAACAAACUCUAAUGGUUUCACCUACACUAAGAAAUGUGAUUCCAAUGGAUUUUCAAUUUCUUUUAAAAACGUUCCAACUGGUUAUAGACCAUUUUUGGAUUCAUUGAUUAAUGCUGCUACUGAUUAUACUUUUACUAUUAGUUACAUUUCCAAGUACACAUGUGCUACCGGUGAUUAUCAUGAUAAAUCUAUUACUAAAAAUUGGGCUCCAUAUAAAAAUGGUCUUGCUGAUAGUGAUGGUGCUGUUGUUUUUGUUACAACUAGUACUUAUCUUGAAUCAACUACUGGCGUCACAACUUUACCAUUUGAUUCAAACAAUGAUAAAACCAAAACAAUUGAAGUUCUUGUUCCUAUUCCAACCACAACAGUAACUGAAUCAUAUGUUGGCGUAACUACUUCUUAUACCACCAUUUCUGCUCCAAUUGGUGGAACUGCUACCGUUAUUGUUGACGAACCAUAUCAUAUCACAACCACCGUUUACACAUCUUGGACUGGUGAAGGAACCACAUCAUAUACUGUUACUGCUUCAACUGAUUCAGUAGACACUGUAUAUGUUGAAACCCCGGUUCCAAAUCCAACAGUCACCACCACUGAAUAUGGUUCUGUUUCUGCUGCUACUACUUAUAUUGAAACUGCUAGUCACGGUGGUACUGAUACUGUUCACGUCAUUGAACCAAUCAACCCAACUGUCACCACCACUGAAUACGAAGAUGUUUCAGCUGCUACUACCUACACUGAAACUGCUACUCACGGUGGUACUGACACUGUUCACGUCAUUGAACCAAUCAACCCAACUGUCACCACCACUGAAUACGAAGAUGUUUCAGCUGCUACUACCUACACUGAAACUGCUACUCACGGUGGUACUGAUACUGUUCACGUCAUUGAACCAAUCAACCCAACUGUCACCACCACUGAAUACGAAGACGUUUCAGCUGCUACUACCUACACUGAAACUGCUACUCACGGUGGUACUGACACUGUUCACGUCAUUGAACCAAUCAACCCAACUGUCACCACCACUGAAUACGAAGACGUUUCAGCUGCUACUACCUACACUGAAACUGCUACUCACGGUGGUACCGAUACUGUUCACGUCAUUGAACCAAUCAACCCAACUGUCACCACCACUGAAUACGAAGACGUUUCAGCUGCUACUACCUACACUGAAACUGCUACUCACGGUGGUACCGAUACUGUUCACGUCAUUGAACCAAUCAACCCAACUGUCACCACCACUGAAUACGAAGAUGUCACUCAUACAUUACCACCAUUACGGAAACCUUUGCUCCUGGUCUCACCGACAGUGUCAUUAUUGAAAUCCCUAUUAGUUCAGAAGUUCCUGUUAUACCUGUCAGUAGUUCUUUUCAUUAUUACAAUACUACUAUUGUCCAGUCGUCUUCCAAUUCUGAGCAGUACACUAUUACUGUUAGCUCUGACACUACGGACACAGUUGUGGUUCCAUGCUCAACUUCAGUGA